UCGCAUAUCUGAGUGUCGGGGUCUGUUCAUUGUCUUAAGGGCGAGAGUUCAGCAAUUUUACUGCUGACUAUUCUUCGGAAAAGCGGACAUUUUAAGUACUCCAGCCUCGAGGGGAACUUGAAGAUUUAGCUAUCUUGAGCGCUAUAUAUUAUAAAUACAAAUAAACACUAAAUAUGGGUGUUCAGUGCUGCUAGCAAAGUUCAUCAUCUCGCUACUCUUCGGAGGUAGGACUGACUUUACACAUCUGGCAUCCUGAUGGCAAGACUUACCUGAGACAAUCAGGUGGACCACAAAGAUGUCGUCUCUUACAGCUGAAAGCUGACAUCAUACCUUGUCAAGAGAAUGGAUAACAUAGAAAGCUCUGUGUCUGAUUGUAAUGUUUCGAAUGGGUAUGUCAACAAAGUCUUCAGUGUUUCUCUGGACAUGGAGAGUGAAACAGGGAUUGUGCAAAUCCGCAAAUCCAAGGAUCUUAAGGAAUCACUGGAUCUGGCCUCCUUUCAGAAUCCAAUCAGAGAGAAAGAAGAACUGAACCGAGCAUCCAAAACCACAGGCAUCUGGAGGAUUCUCAACCACCGGAGAAUUGCCUCUGACUACGAGAGACGACCUCACUCCAUGAUACUUCCAGGGGAAGCAUCUGCCUCCAAGCUCUCAUUUACUGACAAAGUAAGAGGCUUCAAAAAGUUGAAGUCCCCUUCUGUCUUCAGAGGCAAAUCUGGCAAGCUUGCCAGUGCCAAGUUCCACAGUGCACUUAAGGCUGAGACAAAUGAAGACAGCAAGAACUCUCCUGCUUUGUUACACUCCCAGAGGAACAUACUCAGAAAUAAAGGCAAGAGGCACUCGUAUGCAGGUUACACUACCGAGUUUGAUUGCUCUUUUGAAGAUAUAGACUUUACUACUACAGUUGAGACUGAUCACCAAUUACCUAAGAACACAGUUAGGCAACAAAGCUGUUUUAAGACUCACACAUGCACAAAGAAAGCUCACACAAACUGCAACAACUCAAUUGUGACAGUCCAUGAAGAACACUUUGUGAAAGAUAGCCCCAAGGUACCUCUAGGAGGAAGACAGUCAAAAGGAAGUGAUGUUUGGAAUUACUUGAAAAGAAUUUCCUUUAUCGGAAAGGGAAGUUCAACUUUGUUGGAGAAGAGCUUUGACUCCAUGCACACACUGGACAAAACAAUCGACUCAGACUACGGCUCUGUUGACAUAGAGUGCAUUAAAGACUCCAUGCCUGUACCUAAACAGACAGGUCCAGAUGUCAAAAGCAGCCACUUUAGGGGACUGUUUAGGUUCUUUAACAGCAUGGCUGAAACUGCUCGAAAAUGGAGGAACUCAUCCAGACCCUUCUCACCUCCUGAAGGUGAAUGCCCCAAUAUUGGCUCAGCAAGAACACAACAGAUUCAAGAAUUUCAUCACACUAAAGCUAAUGCACUAAAGAGAGAAGAUGAGGCUUUCACUAAGACUGCCUUUACCCCUGACGUAUGUGAGGUGAUCUCACCUGCUGAAGUUUUAAACAGGUCCCCACAUGUGGUGCCGAAAUCCUGGAAAGCAUGGCCAGACUCGUCAAGCACUAAUGGAUUCUCCGAUGGGACAGAAUCACAACACACCUCCACUCACACCUCUCUUGCCACCAUUGAGAACCACCAGAGAAGCGAUGGCCAAGAAGGAAGUUCUCUGUCUGAGCCUGAGCUUCAGUUUGACCUACAUGAACAAAGUGAAUCUGAGUCUUCUGGCAUCUCAGAUAAAGCCAAAGGACAGACAAAUGGUGAAAAAAGGGGUAUUUGCAGUGAUAUCAUUCCAGACUGUCCAGAUGAAAUAUUUAAGGUCUCAGCAGGUGGCUGUUGUAUGAGUGAGGGAAGUCCAGGAAGCUUCAGAACCUGUAGAACAAUGAGAUUGUCCCUUAUGAAAAAGCCUUGGCACUGGCCUGCUUCAGACUAUGUGAUCAGGCCAAGCUUUAAGUGUCCCAUCAUAAAGGAGGGGGUUAUCUCCUCUGGAUUGGAGGAGCACUGUGCACCAGUGCUUCAGCCACCAGUUUCAAGGAUACCUAAUCCUCUCAGGAGACCCUGCUCUUUCGUAGAGGGAUGUGCUCCCAUCCAGCUUGACAGAGUACCAGCGCACCGAGCCCUUUCUCGCCCUCCUGGCAUGUCACCUCAAGACCCUCCUUUUAAAGUGGUCCUGCAGAGGUCCCAUUCACUUCCUCUUCCGCAGAAUGCCAUGUCUGGGUCAACGGUAGCCAGCUUGCUGCUAGACCAAACAGCUGAGUCUGUUAGACAAUCAGCCACUGUCCAGAGCAGCAAUGGAAGCACAAGUCGGAGAAAAUUGCUCAGACCUGGUUCUGGACCUCUGCAAGUGAACGUGCUGAUCAGCGGAGGGUCCAUUGUCAGCGCUGAGGCAGUAUGGGAUCAUGUGGCUAUGGCUGACCGCGAACUGGCAUUUAAGGCAGGAGAUGUCAUUAAGGUCCUGGAUGCCUCCAACAAGGAUUGGUGGUGGGGGCAGAUUGAUGAUGAGGAGGGUUGGUUCCCAGCCAGCUUUGUGAGGGUUGAUCCUCACCCUCCUCAACCCCAAACAAAACAGGUUUUCUAUAUCAACCCUAUAGCCACUCGAAGGUUCCAAAUCACAACAGCAAAGCUGUGGGUGAACCAGGAAGAUCGUGCCAUAGAAGCAGCUGAGGGCAGCAGUGAGGUCCAGAAUGGGCACCUGGAUGCAGGUAGUGACUGCCUCUGCCUGGGUCAGCCUCUCCAGAACAGAGACCAGAUGAGGGCUAACGUCAUCAAUGAGAUCAUGAGCACAGAACGUCACUACAUCAAGCACCUGAAAGAUAUAUGUGAGGGUUACUUAAGGCAGUGCAGAAAGAGGAUCGACAUGUUCAACAAUGACCAGGUAAAAGUCAUUUUUGGAAACAUCGAGGACAUCUAUAGAUUUCAGAUGGGAUUUGUUCGGGAUUUGGAAAAGCAGUAUAACACAGAGGAACCCCAUCUGAGUGAAAUAGGUCCAUGCUUCCUGGAACAUCAAGAUGGGUUCUGGAUCUACUCUGAAUACUGCAACAACCAUCUGGAUGCAUGUAUGGAACUGUCUAAGCUGAUGAAGGAUGGACGCUACCAGCACUUCUUCGAAGCAUGCCGUCUCCUGCAGCAGAUGAUUGACAUUGCAAUCGAUGGCUUCCUGCUGACACCAGUACAGAAGAUCUGCAAAUACCCACUGCAGUUGGCUGAGCUGCUCAAAUACACAGCUCAGGAGCACAGUGACUAUCGCUAUGUGGCUGCAGCAUUAGCCGUCAUGAGGAAUGUGACCCAGCAGAUCAAUGAGCGCAAGAGGAGACUGGAGAACAUUGACAAGAUUGCUCAGUGGCAGGCUUCUGUUCUGGACUGGGAGGGUAAUGACAUUUUAGACAGAAGCUCUGAGCUGAUCUACACAGGUGAGCUGUCCUGGAUCUACCAACCUUAUGGAAGAAGUCAGCAUCGAGUGUUCUUCCUCUUUGACCACCAGCUGGUGUUAUGUAAAAAGGAUCUCAUUCGGCGUGACAUCCUUUACUACAAAGGUCGCAUUAACAUGGACAGGUAUGAAGUGAAAGAUGCAAUUGAUGGAUGGGACGAUGACUUCAAUGUUAGCAUCAAGAAUGCAUUUAAACUGCACAACAAGGACACAGAGGAGAUCCACAUCUUCCUGGCCAAAAAAUUGGAGGAAAAGAUUCGCUGGCUUAGGGCAUUUCAUGAAGAGCGGAAAAUGGUGCUGGAAGAUGAAAAAAUAGGCUUUGAAAUUUCUGAAUAUCAGAAACGGCAAGCUGCCAUGACAGUGCGUAAGGUGACCAAACAGAAAGGUGAGGCACCAAAGCGUUACCAGUAUUUUCUUGAAUUUGCAGAUUCAUUUAUAGAUAUCAUCUUGAGAAAGAGGGCCAUAUUAUAUGGACAUGCUCUGAGUCCAAAUAGGUGUGUGCCCCAUUCAUCACCUUGCCCCCAGGAGCCUAUAGCCAAAGGACAGUUUGCAUCCACCGAUGACUUGGCACAAUCCAACCUAUUUAAGAUUCAUCAACUUAGACAAGCUCAAUCACCAUUCUGGCAAAAUUUUGGAAGGUUAGCAUUGUUGAAAAAAUAGUGGAAAUGUUCACAGAUUUAAAGUAGCUCAAAUAACCAGUGGUUGGACUGGAUGGUCUCAUCUGCUCUCACUGCACUGUAACAGUGGAGAAUAAUGCAGGCAUUUCAAUCUUCAAACACUGAUAGAUCCAUUCAUUCAUUAGCAGCACUAAAGACCCCACCUGUUUUAUUGGCCAAUUAUUAUUAUCGAAUUUUGCAGAAUCUUGAGGCAACGUUAAGGGAAUACCUUGUGCAAAAUAACAAAAAAGUACAAUAGGGGAUCAUUUAGCAAUAUGGUAACUGUCAGUAAUUUUAAUUUACUGUCAGCACUUUUAACAUUUCUGGGUAAAAGUAUUAAAUUAAGUGUAAUCCAGAAGAAAGAAUGACACACAUAUAAAAAUAAAUCUGAUCUUUGAUCCAUAGUGAGCUACACUAGUUUUGUGCAUCAAAUGGUUGUAUGAACUGAAGUUUCUCUAAAGCCAAUUUCUCACCAGUUAGAAGAAAUGAAAUGGGUCAGUUGUGAUUUUUUUUGUAUUUUAUAAUCUCAAAGCAGGUUGAGGUCUUUGUGCAAAGACAUGUGUACAUAAAGUACAUGUUUACUGUAAGGUAACAUGAAAAUCUUUAGCUAAACCUUCAAUCUAACCUCGCACAACAUUUAUGAGAAUUUUAACCAGCAAGGGCAGUUUUAUCGAUUUAUUACAAAUGAAGUCAUAAGAAGAACUUGUCUUAUGAAUUUGCAAUUUUGAGACUGUGUUUUCUGAGCAGGGUAUUUAUUUGCUGUAAAUGAGGCUGACUAUCCAUUUGUAUCAGUUUGAAGUUGUAGUUAAUAAAAGAGUUCCUUUGCAAAAUAUUGUAGUUUGUGUCAAAGUCAUGUUAAACAACACUGUAAAUUUAACCAGUAUCAAAAAUGCUAAUUCAUGUUAUCUGAAGCACUUUACCUGAUGUUCAGUUAUGGUGUCUUGGUAGCAUUGUCAUGUAUUAAAUCACAAAUCAUUUAUAUACUUCUGAUGGUUGUUUAGUUUUUCCUCAACAUUAGAUAAUGAUUAUUAAAUGUUAGUGACGCAUGUAACUGUGGUUGUAUGACGGUGGAUAACUGUCAGAGGCAGUGAAAAGCACCUGGAUACUUCCUUGUGUAUGUGCACACACCGAGACCUUUCACCAAACUCAGGAAAUGAUUAUGAUGCAAUAUUUGCAAUAAAUACUGCUGUCAUACACCCAUACGUCUUUCCCACGGGCCUCCUUGACAAUUUCUCUUGGCUCAUUGCUUGGUGGUUAUCAGGGGUCCAUAGAACCACAGUUACAUGCUUACCUAGCAUACAGUUUGACCUGUUUUAACUAUAGGUCACCAUUGGCAGUGAAAAUCAUCUGGAUAAACAGAAUUACUUUAUUUGCCAAAUGUACAAGUACACAGGAAGUUUACAUGGCAGAUUUGCACAAGAAUAUAUAAUGCGCAAGCAGGCAAGUGUGUUAACGUACACACAUACAGACCUACAGUCCAUGUACACUACAAUUAAUACAGUACACAAGUCCACAAUCAUGCCAUCUGGUGAAGGGAGGGUCAGUUCUGCUUAUUGUUAUCGAUGGCUUGUUGAGAAGAGUGACUGCUUUUGGGAAAAAAAAAUUAGGUGUUGUGCAUUGCUGGUUUUGAUGCAGCGGUACAAUUUACUUGAGGGGAAUUUCUGAAACAGAUAAUUCCAUGGGUGUGUGAGGUCCAUGGUUAUUUCUCAGCUUCCUUCUUAUCCACAGUGUCUUCAGCGCGUGAACUGACAGUCGCUGCUGAUCGUAUUUUCUACUGUGCACAAAAUUGACUGAAAUCUGGCCUUUAACAGGAGCAGGCUGAGGUCAAGCACAUGGCUGUUGAACAUAAAAUGCUCAGGAUGGUGGAACUGUAGAACUGAGACAGAGGAAUUUUAGGAAUUUUGCAUAGGAAUUUUAAUGACUCCACCUUACUAUAAUAAUGUAUGCCAACAGUAUCAUAAGAAGCAGGACUAACCAGACUGGUGCUCAGAGAUGACUGCAGCACUCACCACUGAGCAAUGUUAAACUUAUAAAAUCCAGACAAAGUGCAUGGUGUUGCCUAGGUAGAAGCAGCACAGACUUCCUCAAGUGUCAAUGCCUCUAAAUGCCCAAGAGGGGACAGUGGCCUGUCACAGUAGGGGCUGAGUGUCCAGCACAUCUGUAGGCCAUGAGAAGGGUUCCCCACAUGCCUUUCCUCCAUCACAGAAAACAGUUGGACUGUUGAAUAGAAUGGCCAGUAUGAAUAGUACAGUCUAAAUAGUACGAUCUAAAUAUUAUCACCAUCUCACAGUCCAGCAAGGCAGUAAUAUCUAUCAUUAUCUAUCUCUCAGUUAUUAGGGCAUACGGUUACUAGGGCAUACAUCAGUUAUUAGGGCAUAUUUUCUAUGGUCAUAUAUAGGGCCCAAACUCACAGGUAGAGGCUUGAAAUGGUCUGGUUUUAAUCACACCCCUGCCUCCCUCCAAAUAUGAUUUUGACCAAUUCUGCCUGCUCCUGCAGUUAUUUUUGUUUGUACCAGCCCACAAUAUUUUCUAAUGAACUUAGUUGAUUCUGUUUCACAAAAUAUAAAAAAAAUAUGUAACAGCAACCCAGUACAGGUUAAGGCAGUUACUGAAGAUGAAUUAAUUAAUAUGUGAAGUCCAGCUUACAACAGUUGUGGUAAAGCUUACAUGUUAAUAACAUGUGAAACAAUGUCCCCUGUCUUUGUCCCAUGAACUUCAUAUCUCACUUCUCUCUGCCUAAGGUUUGCCAGUCUGCAAGGCAGACUGGGCACCUGUGUCCGUUUGACUGCGCUGGUUUUGUGAUCCUGAAACCUGCACUCACCUUUGGUGGCAUUACCAAGAACCCUGGUACACAAGGCAGAUAAUGUUGUUUUGCAUACAUCCAGGAGAGUGAAUUGUGCUAGCCUCACCUGAGAUAAAACCAGGUGCUUAAACCAGGUUGGUGGAUAGUUACCUCCUUGGCCUAUAUCUUUUCCUAGGUGUACCACCACCAGGAACAAGCAUCAAUCAGCUCACAGAGGGAUCUGUAGUUUGGAGUGAUCGCUCCAUUGCUAAUAGUAAUUGCUAAAAAUUUGCUAAUGUUGGUCAUGCUCUAUAUGAGAUUGUAUGUUCUCACAAGAUGUCAUCAGUGCAUCUGUAUUCAGCACUUGGGCAGUGCACAUCUGGAUGUAGUAUGGAUGCGCAUCUGGUGGGACAAUCAAAUCACCACUGAGUUUGGAUAAAGGGUGAGUUAGGGUCUAAAUCCCCUAGCAUCAUUCAAUCUAACUUGGGCUGCAACCAAACCGCUACUACAACAGAUUUAUGGGCUGUCAGCAGCAUGUUCAAGCUAUCAGGGACUGGCCCAGAGUCAUUUUUGGAUGUUGAUAAGGAUGAGGCUGGAGUUGAACAUGGUGGUUCAACUGCUAAAUCACACAACAUCUAUGCUCUACUCUGAGAAGUAACAAAGGGGAUGACUAAGUAAUUGGACUAUGAGUAGGGCUUUGCAUGAAGCACAUGAGUCUCUGAGUUGUAUGAUCACAGCAACAGAAUCAACCAUUUCAGCUGGGCCAAUUUGUUAAUAUACAACACAGCUCAGACUGUUUUCUGAGCUUCUUAUGAUUAUCAGUCGAUGCUUGGCAUUUGGUGACUAGCAAGCUUUUUGGCUACAGGGCUUCAAUCAGCUUUGACUCAGAAUUAGGGUCCAAAUCUGUCAGUAGCUACGUUUACAUGGACACUAAUAAUCUGAUCGUAAUUGGACUAGAAGCACAAUCAGAUCUAAAAAGUCACAUGUAAACACGUCAAUCGGAAUGAAUUGCCCAAAACCGAUUAAAAUUUCAUUCGGAUCGUAAGGGGUGGUUUAAACCUUUUCUAAUCCGAUGGAGAGGACAUAUAAACACUUCAUCGGGUUGAAAAUGAAACCAGAUAGUUCUGCGCGUGUGCAAUGACAUACAAAUCACGUAAUGACAUAUGACGCACGGCUGUCAGCGGUAUUGGGGGUCUGACCGUAGCCUCACCAGGUGCCAUGUUCCCCUCCACCAUUGAGCAUAGUGUCAUAAAUGACUGUCGUGUCAUCCUAAAAUUCUCCUUCCACUCCUCGUCUGUGAAGUGGUGCAAGACGACGUUGUCCCACCGGUCCUUGCUUCGGACCCUCAUCCACAGACGCCUUGUUCUGGGCUCGGGAAGGGGCAUUUUAAUUGCUUGAUAAAUACACGCAGUACCGCACAAAACAUCAUGCGCUCGUCGUCUUCUAAUUAGCAGCUGAAAUAGGCAAAUGUUAAGUCCGCUUUUUAAAACGAAAAAAAGAAGCAAUGGCAAGAGAGUGGCUGCUAGUAUCUGCGUGUUGGAACGACUGGAAACGUGUAUUCGUGCACUGUGCGCAUGUCAGAAGAUUCUGUCAUGUAAACGCGCAUAUCAACCCGAUUACUUUAUUCAGCGUUCUUGUAAACACUGCGAUCGGAUUAAUCAAUCUGAUUGAUUUCAUUCUGAUUGAAACAAAAAGUGUCCAUGUAAACGUGACUAGUGCCAUGUUGGAAUUGCUGCACAGUUAGUGUAUGGGAUGUGUGACUUAGACAUUGUGUCCUUCAGAAAGACCUUCUGGUGGCAAGGUUGUGACACCUAGCCUUUAUAUUCCAAAGGAUUCAGAUGCCAGUUGCAAGAGUGUGAGUCUUGCAGCAUUGCUCUUUAGGUUUAAAAACACACACACACCCACUGUGGGAAGGGAAAACUGACUCCAGCCCAGGACUGCAUAUUAGUGGAAAUCUAGCUAACUUAGCAAAACCACUCAACCAUGCAAGCAGCACAUAGUUAGACAGCAAGGGUUAACAGCAAACUCAGCAAUAACACCACAAGGUAUGUUGAGGGAAAACAUACGAUGCUUACGACAUCCAGCCACAGGCUCGUUAGAUGGUGGGAGAUGUGGGACCACCUAACUUAGCAGACUUAGCUAUAAACAGAGGGAAAAUUACUCAACCACGCUAGUGGAACUUAACCACAGUAGGCUAGACAGCAAGGGAUGCGUAGCUGACUAACUUAGCAGUCUCAGUAAUAAACAGCACAUUAUAUGGUGAGAGAAAUCCACGCGACCAGCAAGUAGCCACAGGCCUGCUAGCUGGCUAGACGGCAGGAAAAACAGGAAAAAAAUGGGACAGUGAGAGGUAAAUGCCACUUACCAAGCAGAGGGGGGGAAAACUAUGCAGUUCAAAUUAUAAUGAAUAAUUUCUGGGUGUGGUAGCUAAUAAUCAAAAGCUGACUUGACAUGAUAAAAAGCCUCUAUGCAGAAAGCUCUAUAUGAUGCAUUUGUGGUCCAAGAAGUAUACGAGGCAAGAAAAGGAAGGAAGGCUGCAUAAUAUAUCACUUUGUGACAUUUUUGAAAGGUCUCGGCUUGUGCGUGCACAUGCACAAGAGCAUAUCCAGGUGAUUCUCACUGCCAUUCUCAAUGCAUUGAGAUGGUGGAACAUUUAGUAAAGGGGUCAAUUUCAUGCAGGGGGAUGAAUUAUUCAGUCCAUAUUGAGAUUAUUGAGUCCAUAUUGUGCUAAAACCUCAUUUUGCAAGAUGUUUUUGUUUUUUGUUCAUUAAUGUCCAUUAAUUUGUUUCAGAAAUGGAUAAAAGUAUAUUUCUGAUAUUUUGGGUUCAUUUUGGUUUAUUUCUAUUUGUAUUUAAUAGUUUUUUUUUUUUCGAUGUCUAAUAGCUGAAUUAAUCAAUCUUCCUGUUCCAUGUAAAUAUUAAUAAAAUUGCAAUUUAAUGUACAGACUGGAAAUGUACUACCCAUUAAGUUUUUCCAGGUUAAGGAGCAAUCAAUCAUAUCAAUCAUGAUAAAUGUUUAUAAACAUAAAUUUUUGCCAAGAAUAUUUUGUGACCCAUGCCUAUGAACAUGGACUGAAUCUAUCACUUGAUGUGUAUUGUGGACAGACCUACAGCCAAAAGAAGUCCCUAGGAAAUCCUUAGAAUGUUACCUUUAGGUUUCUUAGUGGUGAUGAUGAACUGCACAAUGUAGAAAAUGUAUUCUUUUUGAGGUGAUCAGACAUUAUUUUGUAUAACAUGGACUGACAAGCAUAGAUAUACAUAUAAUUAAAAAUGAUAACCUAAAAUCUUAAAAUAUAAAACAUUCUGAUGUCUAUAAAGCACCAUUUUGUUUUAUCUUAUUUUUCAUAUUGAUAAAUUGAUUAAUUGAAUUGAAUUGAAAUGGUAUGGGUUGUAUAGUGUGCCACAAUUUAUUUUUUGUCCUUUUGCUGGAUAUUUGCCUCUCUGUUCUUAUUGACUGGUAAAACUUUGAAAGAAUAAAUCCAUAAUUUCUAAGAA